AUGAACUGGCUGCUCAUGGCUUGGAUAGGUUUGCAAAUUAAUCUGGAAAAAGCUGGCCAUGACAUUGACUAUUACAUCCCAGCUAAUGACUUCCGUAUAUUAGCUGUCAUAGACUGGGAACACUGGAGAACUCAGUGGGCCUGCAACUGGGGGAAAGAUGUCUACAGAAAAAAGUCCAGGAAACUCAUAAUCAAAAUGGAAGGGAAUAUUUCAGCAAAUGAUGUUGAACAUUUAGCUAGACUUUGCUUUGAAUAAAGUGCAAAAGCUUUUAUGAAGGAAACAAUUGCAUUAGGAAAGAAAAGCAGACCAAGGGGCCUGUGGGGAUGUUGUUUAUACCCUAACUGUCACAAUUACAGUCAGAACUACACUGGUUCCUGCCCAAAGAAUGAAGUUUUGAGGAACAAUGAACUUUCCUGGCUCUGGGAUAGCAGUGCAGUCACAUAUCCUUCCAUUGGCAUUAAGAAAUCCAUUGGAAACUGUCAAAAUAUUUUUCAUUUUUCUCAGUUUAGGGUGAAUGAAUCAAUAAGGAUUUCCUUCAUAACAUCCCAAGAUUAUGCUUUUCCCAUAUUUAUAUAUACUUGACUAGGUUAUAGUGCUGAACUUUUAUCAUUUCUCCCUAUGGAUGAUCUUAUUAACACUUUCAGAGACAGUGUCCUGGGACCUGCAGGCAUUGUUAUCUGGUGAGAUAUGAAUUUAACUUCUCCAGAGAGCAAGUGCACAAAUGUGCAAAAAUGUGAUUUUCAAUAAGGACCCUACAUUAUCACUGUCACAGCAGCAACUGAGGUGCACAGCAGGCAUCUGUGUCAGGGCAAUGGAUGAUGUGUGUGAAGAACCUGGAGAGCGUCGACAUAUCUAUGUUUGAAUCCUAAGAUCUUCCAGAUAGAUGCCUCAGAGGACCAAGGAUUUAUUGUGAGAGGAGAAGCAUCAAAUGAAGAUCUGGAUAUAAUGGCAGAGACAUUUUUCUGCCACUGUUAUUAGGGUUAUGAAGGAACUGACUGCGGGAAGUUAAAGUUGCUGAUGACCAUCCAGGAAGCUCUGCAGACACUGUCUCACCCAGAUUUGCAGCAAUCCGCUUGCUUACUUUGCCUUUGA